GCCUUGCACACGCAAGCUUUCAGUUCUCUUCCAGCUGGUCAAGUGGUCACAUUUCACAAGUUGAACGAUUGAUUAGUAAUCCUCAGAUUCGCCAUUUCUGUUCUGUGUGUGUAUGUGACUGGAAAUUCAAAAAGAAAUAAUUAACGAGGUGUCCGUUCAAUGUUUAGUCUUUCCGGCACAGAAUCGCCGUUCCGCUCUUUUCCAUAGUGAUUGAUUGAAAGUAGAUUUGUGCCGCCGUUGUACUGCAGUGAGGAACUUGACUUUCUUUGUUCUGUUAACGGUGGAAACUGCGUAAAGAUUAUUUUAUGGUGGAAGUGCAUUUUGGUGUUCUACGUAUAAAAAAAAUCAUGUAAACACUUCUGGAAUCCAUCAGCGACAGUGGGAAUCAUCCGAUAAUCAGUUUACGCCUUUACGGUUUCUUGAACCUGGAAUCAGGCUUGGAACAGUGUUUGCAGUGUAUCUGAAUACGUUUUCAGGCAGAGUUACAAAAGGCAGGAUACAAAAAAAAAACACCGUAAUCUACCUGUUCGAUUGUGUGGGUGCUGCAAGUGCAACGGAAAAUUUUACGUUUUGGAUCAGAGCUACAGGAUAGCCAAAUAAAACAGACUUCGGUUAAAAUUCCGAGUUGUUUUAAAUACCAUCAGUACUCUAUUGUAGUUUUAAUUAGUGUCCAUUUAUGGCUGCAAAGAUGAAUCUGUCGUUUGCCGGGUGCGGCUUCCUGGGGAUCUACCAUGUCGGUGUUGCGGUUUGCUUCAAGAAGUAUGCUCCCCAUCUGCUACUGCACCGGAUAAGUGGUGCGUCGGCGGGAGCAUUGGCCGCAUGCUGUUUGCUGUGUGAUAUGCCCUUAGGUGAAAUGACAUCGGAUUUUUUUCGGGUAGUGAAUGAAGCUCGCAGUCAUUCCUUGGGUCCAUUCAGCCCGCGGUUCAAUAUCCAAACCUGCCUACUGGAGGGCCUGCAGAAGUUUCUUCCUUCGGAUGCUCAUGAGCGUGUCAAUGGAAAACUGCACAUAUCAUUGACCCGAGUUUACGACGGCAAAAAUGUGAUUGUUUCCCAGUUUAACAGUCGCGAGGAUUUGCUGCAGGCUCUGCUCUGUGCUUGCUUUAUACCGGUUUUCUCUGGGAUCCUGCCGCCCCGUUUCCACGGUGUUCGCUACAUGGAUGGAGCUUUUUCUGACAACCUACCUACACUAGAUGAAAAUACGGUAACGGUGAGUCCGUUCUGUGGCGAAUCGGACAUUUGUCCCCGGGACAACAGUUCGCAGAUGUUCCACGUUAAUUGGGCCAACACAAGCAUCGAGUUGUCGAAGCAAAAUAUCAAUCGGUUUGGGCGAAUACUGUUCCCUCCGAAGCCGGAAAUUUUGUCCUCAUUCUGCCAGCAAGGAUUCGACGAUGCGUUGAACUUUUUACAUCGCAAUAAUUUGAUCAGUUGCACCCGGUGCCUAUCGGUUCAGUCGACGUUCUGCGUUUCGGACCAGCCAAAACAACUGGAAGAGCAUCUGCUCGAGGAGUAUGACCCGGAGUGCAGUGAAUGCAAAGAAUGCACCCAGUACAGACAAAAUGCCAUUGGUGGUAGUAUGCCGGAUACAGUUUUGACUGUAUUCCAGACCUAUAUGGACCAAGCAAACAAAGGACUGAUAAACUGGGUAUUCAGACACCGAGGAGCAAAGCUUCUGAAGGCACUGUCUCUUCCGGCCACUCUACCUGCGGAUAUUGUGUGUGCCACUUUAACCAAACUGAUGGUAGCCACUCCCGCGAUCGGCAGUCAGCUGUGGUCCGUAAGCCAGUUCGCUCUCAAAACACUGAAUUCGAUCCUGAUUAGAAUGCCGUGGGGACAUCAGCUUAGUGCCAAUCUGCAGUGUAAGAUCGCUUACACUGAGUAUUCCACGACAGGUAGUCAGUUCAUAGCAUCAAGAGGCCAACAUAGCAGUCAUCGAGGCGGCUCGUUAUUGGACAUUCGUGUAGAGAAUGGCAAUGAGCUAGUAUCAGUGAUUACCGGUGAGAACAACAACGAAUUGAUUGAACAGCAUCACCAUCACCACCAGCAUCUAAAAGGACACGAUGAAGUUCAUGAUGAGGAUCACCCGGAUUACGAUUCGUUUAACCACAUUUUGCAAGCGAUAUCACACCACGAUGCGAUGUAUGCGUACUACUACAUGGAUGAUAACAACGAGGUUAAGGUGACGGAAAUUUUCGACAUGACAGAAGACGCCAGCCCGGCUAUUCAGACGGCUCAGGAGCGAGAAUUCAAUCAGCAGCUCGAAUUCGACAGUGAUUGGGAAACAACACAGCCAGAUUUCCUCUAUGCCGACUCAUAUAGCGGAAACGAUAUGAUCGACCUGAACGAGAUUUUCGAUCCGUACCUGUACAGCAACUACAGUCAUGUAGCACCGUCCGUUCCUCAGUCGCACCGUCACUCCAUCAGCAGUCAGUGUCAGCCAUUCCAGCCACAACAGAUAGUAGAGGGUAGCAAGGAUCUGUCCGGAAUCCAGUGGCAAUGCUCCCAGAUCGAGAUAGAAGAGUUGCCAAGUGAUGAUAACUAUCUGCAGCCGGAAGCCGAUCAACAGCAGGCACUGAUUUCCGAAGUGGCAGCGUUAUUGCUGAGUAAGCCUCAAUCCCCGUCAGCCUACUCUCUCGUGGAAAUGUGAGUUUAGGCGAUACACAUGCACUGAAACCAUACAGUUACCAUAGAAAGUGAUGACUUUAGUAGUGUUUGCAAUAUACGACGAAUGAAUAAGUUUAUGUUAUGUUGAAACUAAUCGAGAAACAUGUGUUCUCAUAAGUAGUUAGACAAGUGUGUUUUGUUUUAUUCAAAGCGAAAACCAAAAAUAUAGGAUAGGCUGGAACCUAUAAUCGCUGAACUUUUGAAUUUUUGAUUUUAUAUUGUUCAGGACAAGUUCCACGCUAAGAAAUUCACAUAGGUAAGAAUAUUAGGGAUGUUCUAACCAAAACUAUCAGUUUUCGAACCGUAUUUGUUUUAGUAAGCUGAUUGUGAUGUUUUAAUACUAAGUAGUUAGGUUGUUAGGUAAUAGUGGUGAGCUAGCAGUAAGUAAUUGGCAACGAAAUGAAAGCUUUCGAUGGCUGUGCAAUAGGAGAAUGUUUUGUAAUCGGGCCCAAGAAAUUCAUAUCGUAUACCAACCCAUUGUACCUUCAACUUUAAAGUGAUUCCAAUUACGAUCCUGUUAUUCUGCUAAGAAAAACGAAAAAGCAUUUCAGUUUUUAUAUGUUGUAGUAAUAUUUUACCGCUCAGAAGUUAUCUCUCUUGGGCUUCAUUUUGUAGGAAUUCCGCAAAGUGGGGCCUCCAUACUAUGCAUUGAAAUAUUUUAUUUAUCGCCAUAAGUCAUAAGUGUAACAGAAACUUCUAUAUUUAUGAAUGAUUUUUUACAGUAUAAUAAAUGGAUAUAAUACAAUGAA